AUGGUGCGCGCGAGCGGCCCAGGGGGCCCGCCCGAGGGCGUCAAGGUCUUCGUGAGGAUCCGUCCGCCCCAGGAGCGCGAGUACAAGUUCGCGCAGUCAUGCUCCUCGCUGGGCAACUCCGUGCGCGUGGAGAGCGACAACGUGGUCAUGGAAUCGAAGUUCGACCGCGUGUUCACGCCCGAGGCCACGCAGCAGGACGUCUUCGAGUCGAUCGAAGACUCGAUUGACGGCGCGCUCGAGGGAUACAACACCACCGUCUUCGCGUACGGCCAGACGGGCACCGGGAAGACGUUCACCAUGGCCGGCGCAGACUACGCCGGCGGGCACGACUACCGCUACCUCGCCGAGGCGAUGUCCGCGUCCAGGCCCGCCACGCAGGCCAACGGAGACAUCGCCGCGCUGCCAGACGGGGCGCCGGACCCGAGCAAGCCCGGGCUGAUUCCGCGCGUUGCGGUGGCGCUGUUCGAGAAGGCCGCGUCCCUCGCGCGGCGCGACGGCAAGAACAUCGCGGUGUACGCGUCGUACCUCGAGAUAUACAACGACAAGAUCCACGACCUGCUGCAGCCGUACAAACCGACGAAAAAGGACUUCCUCGCAACGCUCAACCGCAAGACGGGCCUCCAGGUCCGGGACGCGCCCGGCGUGGGCGUGUUCGUGCCGGGACUGUCGAUCGCGCGCGUGCGGGACCCCGCGGCGAUCCUCUCGGUGCUCAAGCGCGGCAACCGGCACCGCGCGGUGCGGCACACGCACAUGAACGUGCACUCCUCGCGCUCGCACACGCUGCUCCAGAUCCUCAUCGAGCAGCGCAGCACGGGCGUCGACGGCGGGGAGCUCGUGCGCUCCAAGAUCAACCUCGUCGACCUCGCCGGGUCGGAGAAGUGGGCGGCGGCGACGAACGAGGCGCGGCAGGAGCAGAUCCUGGAGAUGAACGCGAUCAACCAGUCGCUGUCCGCGCUGGCGUCCGUGGUGUCCGCGCUCACGACGGGCGCGUCGUUCGUCCCGUACCGCGACUCCCGCCUGACGCACCUCCUCCAGGACAGCCUGGGCGGGAACUGCCGCACGACGCUCAUCGCGACGGUCUCGCCGUCCUCGCUGGCGUUCGACGAGACCGUCUCCACGCUGCGGUUCGCCGACCGCGCGCGCUCGAUCGUGAACCGCGCGGUCAAGAACGCAGUGCCCGACGUCAGCAUGCAGCUCGAGGUCAAGGACGCGGAGAUCAACCGGCUGCGCAACCUGCUCGCGCUGGUCUCGCGGAACCAGGAGGGCGCCGUGGACGAGCUCCAGCAGCAGCUCGAGGCCAGCGUGGCCAAGCUGGGCGACAUGGAGGCGCAGCUGAUGGCCAUGGAGGAGGUCGUCAAGAGCGAGCGGGCGCGGCGGCGGCAGCUGACGGCGACGCUGCGGGAGCGCGACGACGAGAUCAUGCAGCUGCAGGACCGCGUGAUCAAGCUCCAGGGCGCCGUGCAGCGGCGGCAGGGCAUCCAGCAGUCGGUGCGCGACCGGGAGCACGCGGAGCGCAGCGCGCACGCGCAGCGACAGCAGCAGGAGCAGCGGUACGCGCAGGACGAGUCGUUCGAUAUCCAGCAGCUGUCCGACGGCGACGCGAGCUCGCCGCGCCGCUUCGGGCCCCUCAGCCCAGCGCGGCAGCCAGCGCCGAGGCACCAGCCGCUGCAGCCGCAGCACCAGUCGCGCCGCCGCAUGGAUCUGCAGAACGCGGUCGCGAUGAGCCACUCCGCGUACGAGCCGCCGUCGCCCGCGCCGCGGCAGCCGCCGGGGCAGCUCCAAGUGCCGCAGAACGGCGCGAGCGGUCACCCCGCGCCCAAGUCCGCGUGGGCCACGCCAACCGGGAACGGCGCCCCCCCCGCGCUGUCCCCGCGUGGCCCCGUUCCUGCGACCGCGUCCGUGCCGCAGAACCCCCCCCACCUGUCGAUCGGGGACGGACCGCCCCCGCACCUCUCCGAGGCGGAGCGCCUGCUGUGGGAGAAGCGCGCGCUCGAGAACAACAUCCAGAAGGCGGCGCAGGACCUCCGGCGCUCGCAGAUGGCCGGGAUGUCGCGCCAGGGCCUCGGCCUCGCGUCGAACGGCGAGGCCCCAACUGCGCCCGCGACGACAGGCCACAGCAAGGCGGACAGCCCCGGCCAGCGCGUCCUGGAGGUCAUGUCGCCGCGCUCGAAGCAUGCGGCGCUCGAGGCGAGCUGGGGCGGGAGCAAGCGCGCGAUGGAGGCGCUGGUGGCGGCGGCACGGGAGGAGGGGGAGUAUGCCGACGCGAUGCGGUUCUACGCCGCCGCGACGAAGCAGGCGCAGGAGCGGAUGCAGCGCAGGCAGGCGUCGCGGACGGCGUUGGAGACGCAGGGCGUGCCGGGGACGGCCGGCACGGAGGCGGAGCUGCCUCAGAUCUCGGAGACCCCCCGGGGGGGUUGGGGGCGUUCGAGUCUGACGGGCGGCGCCAUGACGGCGCAGGUGCUGCAGCAAGCGACCGCGGCGGCGAACCGUCCGCAGCCGCUGCGCGCCCCGGCGACGACGGCCUCGAACGUCGGCGACGGCGAGGCGUGGAACAUGGUGCCCGGUCCCGCUGCCAUCCCGCGGCCAGCCGGCGGCGGGUGGGGCCGGAGCGCGCUGAUGCGGUCCGCGACGGAGAACGACGAGGGGGGCAGCGUGGGCGGCGGGUGGCCGGGCGCGAUGCCGCCGCCGCUCGCCGGCGCGCGCCAGGCGAAAACGGCGGGCAACAGACAGGAGCCGUCGCUGCACGCGAUACAGGAGGCGCCGAACGGGCGGGCGCCCGGGGCCUCGGGGCGGCCGCGGAAGGGGAAGGGCCCGGGGAUCGGCGCGGGCGCGUGGACGUACAUUUUGGGGACGCGGGCGUCGUCGGUGCAAGCCAAGAAACUGGCGCUGAUGGACAACGUGGCGGGGCAGUUCGGGCUCGACGGGCCGACGAAGAAGCUGCUCAAUUUGCAGUGA